UGAAUGAAGUCUGUUUGUUUUGCUAUGUUAAAUCGUAACUGUUAUAGUUAGUUUUAUUUAUUGUAUGGUUCGAAGCAUUUAUUCGUUUAAGAAUGACGAAUUCUUUUGAAAUCAUUGAUUCCAUCUUUUCUUGAGUUGUUGUUAUUUUCGUUGAAAGUUACUCAACUGCUACUGUGCUACUCCAGUGAAAUUAUGUCCCAAAUUAUAUUCUGUUAUUAAUCAAUGGAUAUUCUAUUGGAUUGCUUGAUUAACGCAGAACACUACUACUCCUUCUAUAAGGAUUUAUUCAAAAGUAUGUAAAGAGGUAACAUUCUACACUCCAUGGAGAACUUUUUUCUUAAGAAAAGUUAUUCUGAAGUUGGAUAGUAGUUACUUUUUCUUCAGGGAAAUUAAUGGUGUUGACAAAAAGCAGAGCUGCGCCUGUCGCAGGUAUGGAUGGUCCUGUCAAGAAAAAAGUCAAACGAUCUGAUGAAGAGAAUAAUUCAGACUUGGAAUCAUUACAAAAAAAUUUGUUGGGUCAGUGCUUGUGUUCUAUGCCUGAUAGUGUUCUUAGGAAGCCAUUCCGUAGCUUGAAAAUAUUACAUCAAGAUGAUGGCCACGGUUGUUGUACAGCAUAUAUUGCAAAUUGGAGCAGAGAUAGGACUCUUUUGUUUUUAAGUUCAGUUCAACUUUUGUGUGAAGUGGCUUUAAAACAAAAUGCCCGUGGAUUGGUAUGUUCAAGGAUCAGUGAUGUUUGUGAUGCUCUUAUCAGAAAUGAACACGGGUUGGUUGAUUACUUAAUAGAACUAUCUGCCCAUUCGGAUAGAUUUGUUAGUUUCGCUUCGGGUCGUGCCUUAUCAGCAUUCUUUUUAGUGUCUAGAGCUCAUGUAGAUCCAAGAUGGUUAGAUCGCCUAACAGACAAUGCCUUGUCCUCAUCUUACCCAGAAACAACUCACCCGCAGAAGAUGGCCUUUUCUCUGGAUGUCAUCAAAAGGGUUACUGAAUGGAAAGAUUGUGAAGAGCACCCUCUAGAAGAUAAGGAUUGCCAGCCACCUCCAUCGUGCCAUGUUCUAAGUGUAAGUGAUCCUGAUAGUUUAGAUAGUAGUCAGAUCAAGUGCCUUUGUAUUAAAGCCCUGGAAGCAAAGUGGCCUGCAGUUGUAAAUAGUUUUGAUAGAAUUUUAAGAAUUUAUCCUACUCAGCAUGAAUCUACAGUUGUAACAUUUUUGGGCCUUUGGGAGGCAAUCAUUUCAGUUAAGGCUAAUCUCUCAAUUGUUGACACAAAACCAUUUUAUGCCCACUUGGCAAAUUUUGUUGCUUUACUGAAUGCUAGUGUUUCACCAAUAGUUUGGAGGCAUAUGCUAGAUUUGUUUAAUGAGGUUUUGUGCUAUGGAAGUACCUUAGCCCUUCAAGAUAUUUUGGCUGAAGAACCAUGCUCAUUGGCUCAUCUUAUUGUCAGGAGUGUUAAAGAUUGGAGAUUGUUGGAAACAAUACCAUAUAGGGGAGGUAGUGGUAGAUUUGGAGGUGGAACAGGAGAUGGAGACAGACCCCUUCUACAGAAAGCAGUGCUACUGGUUUUGAAAGCUGUUGCUGUAACUGUCAAAGAAACCAGAUGUGAGAGUUCAAGUGAUAGUUCUGUUGCAUCAGAAUCUGAAGAUGUUGACGCUGACAUGGCAGUUAUUGAGAGAAGUAUUCGAGAGGUUUUAAGACAACUAGAUAACUGUGUCAAAGCCCUUCUACCAUUUCAUCCAGAAACUCCUCUUGCACAGUGGGUUGUUCAAUUAUUUUCUGAUCAAGAUGAUGCUUUAAUUGAAGGAAUGGUAUGUUGUUUGGAUGUGAGUGUAGGCCUUUUCCAUAGAGAGAAUGCUUCUCAAGAUCUUAGAAGAGCACUCAGUCCAGCCAUUUCAUUGGCUCAAUUUCUACGGACUGUGUCCCAUGGCUCUGAUGUAUUAUUAGAUUAUCUUGUGUCUAAUGAAACCUGUUUCCUGUUAUAUUUACUCAGGUUAUUAAAAUAUAUUCGCAGAAACUGGAUAGAAUUUGCAACCACCUGUGGAAAUGAACUCAGUGACAUAAUGAGUGUAUUUAGCCGCUUACAUUUGGCUAUAGAGAGGCUUAUUGCACGGUCAUUAUUUCCUUACAACAUCAAUCCUGUUUUGCGACUACUUGAAAAAUGUGAACAGCUUUAUGAAAAUAUUAAUGUUCAACAAUUUUAAGGUUUUAAACUCUAUUUUAUGUAGAGUGUGUUGAGUGCAAUUUUAAAUCUUAACUAGGUUGUGAUAAAUAACAAUAACUUAAUUGUAAGUUAAAUAAAAUAUGGAUAUAAAUAUAAAUAUAUCCAUAUAUCAAUCUUAUUCUUUUCUCUUGGAAAAUAUAAGGCACCAGUUUAUGAGAGCUACUCACAGAUUUGGCAUGGUUCACAAUCACUUUGGUCACAUUUGUUCAUGGAAUGCUGAAUGUAUCUGGGUUUAUCCAAGAUAGUACAAAGAUGACCGAUCUCUUGAGUUCUUGAGUUAGUUACAAAUAACUUUUUCCACCAUUUAAGUUACAUCAUGUCAUCUUAAUUGAGCUUGUACAUCUAUGAUACUGCUGUGGGAUAAAAUAGUAAUAGAUGAAAAUCUGAUUUAUUAUUACACUCAAUGGUUAUUUCACAAAAUAUCUAUUUCUUAUUGAUGAUUUCAUCAUUCAGUAUCAUGGAAUUUUCAUAUAAUAUUCGUCAAAUGUAAUCCUCACCAUGUUCAUUCCUUUCUCAGAAAUUAAUAUCCAUAUAAACACAUCUUUGUUUUUAUGAUUUACUACAAUCGGUCCUCGUUUUGAGAUUGUUAAGAAAAUUAACUAUGAAUAACGUCUCUUGUUGGGCUGAAGCCACCUCUCAAAACAGAACAAUAAUUUUUGUUUCAUUUGUUAUACGAGUGAUAUAAGCGAAAGUCACAAUAUGUUGUCUUUUUAAAUUAUAACGUUUAUGAGGAUAUUACAUUUAAGCAUGUGUCAAUAAAAAAUAUUAUUUCUAAAAGCUUUUUUUUUUUUUAAUAACAAGAUCCAAUCAAAACAUCAUUUUAUAUAUUUUCUUUACUUGUCUUCUAGAUUAAUUAUUGUUAUAAAAAAAAUAAUAGAAAUAAAAUCCUGAUUCCGAUUCUGGACCAACUUAAUGAUGCAACAACUAAACUAAAGACGUAUGUGUAGUAAUGAACGUGAUAAUUACUGAGUUACAAAGUUGUUAAUAAUUUCUUAGUAAGAAUGCUCUAUGGUGGUGAUAUGUGAAUUUUUCAGAAUAUCGGUAAUUGGGACAAGAGCUGACAUCAAAACAUUCCACUGUUUUGGCAUUUUGUGAACAAAUUUUAUCAAAGUGGUUAUGAACCAUGCCUAAUCCGUAUGGAACUCUCGUGAACUUGUACCAAAUAUACAUAAGAUUAUGUAUCUAUUUCUGUUAUGUAUAAUUUAUAUACAUUCUCUUGUGUUUUAAUUUAUAUAACAAUUAUGUUUAGGCAUAUAUAUUUAUAAAUACUAAUUUACUACCUUUUCAGUUUUUUAUACUUUGUAAAAUUAUUUAUUAUUCAAGUACAAUCUUUAAACAAUAGUUACCUGCAUAAUGUAGAUGAUCAGCUAUAGAAUGAUUGUUGGACCAAUUUGAAGACAUUGUUACUUGAUUAUUUUACUCUGUACAUAAACUAAUUCCAUGACGUAUUUAUUUAUAAGACUGUAGGUAAAAUUAUAUAUUGAAAAAAUGGAAAUUUGUAAUUAUGAAAGUAAUAUUGUUUUAUAAUUAAAUUUUUUAUCUACAAUCAUUG